AUGUAUAAGGUUCCUUCAUUCACCCCAACAUGGCAUCAUUCGCCUGCGACCAUCAUGGAUCCUCUCAUUCCCUCACUCUCUGCUCAAAACAAGACUGUACUCGUCACGGGUGGCGGCUCGGGAAUUGGAAAAGCAACGGCUAUAGCAUUUGCGCAGGCAAAAGCACGAGCCGUUGUAAUUACAGGCAGGACACAAUCCUCGCUGGACAGUGCGAAAUCUGAAAUCGAAGAAGCGGCCAGGGUUCAGAACAACCGCGACUUUCAAUGUGUUGCCUUCUGCGCCGAUGUUGCAGACUCGAAAGCCAUUGACGACGUCUUCUCCCAGGUUGUCCAGAAGUUUGGUAGGGUUGAUGUCCUCGUUUCGAACGCCGGCUAUUUGGACGAGAACGCCCUAAUCGCUGAAUCCGACCUUGAUGAUUAUUGGCAAUGCUUCGAAACAAAUGUCAAAGGCGCGUUGAUAGUCGUCAAAGCAUUCCUCAAGACCCAUCCUCAAUUGCAGUCCACCACUGCAACUCCGACCGAGACUUCCAAACCCGUGAUCAUCAACAUCUCCACGGGAGCUGCCCAUGUAUCGCCCCAUAUCAUGAUCCGGUUCUCAGCAUACGCCUCUUCGAAACUCGCUGCAUGGCACAUUUUCGACUUUCUCCAGGCUGAGGAGGCGCAGACUCUGUCGGUGUUCAACCUCCAACCAGGCGAGAUCCCCACUGCAAUGACGAAGAAGGGACACAACAAUCUUGCGAAGGACGAUGUACGUUUACCUGCGCAUUGGUGUGUGUGGCUUGCUGCCAAGGCGGAGACGGAUGCGGCGUUCCUGAGGGGCAGGUUUAUUUGGGCUAAUUGGGACCUGGAAGAGCUCCUCAGCCGGAGGGAGCAGGUCGAAAAAGAGGAUCUGCUGAAGAUCGCGUUGAGUGGCUGGGGUGAAGAGUUCGUUCGGAAUUAUGUUGACUGA